AUGUACGUCUACUCGUCUCUCAGGGAACAAGGCGUGGUCGGGAUGUCGCGGCCGCCCGGCGCAGUCCCGCCCCCUCACGCCGCCGGGGGCGUGGCUUCGGGGAUCGGACCCAACCAGGGGGCGGGGCCGCCGCCGGGUUACCUGGGCAACCCGCAGCAGGCGGCCAUGAUGAAGCAGAUGAUGGCCAUGGAGCAGGAUAAGAGGCUGCAGCUACACAUGAUGGAGCAGCAGAAGCAGCAGCUGCUUCGGGACCAGCGACAGCAGCUCCUGGCUGAGCAGCUUCAACAGCAGCAACAUCUUCCGCGGCAGAUGGGUCAAGGCCAGAGGAAUCCUUACCCCCAAGUCAAUCAGUACCAAGGCACUCCUCAGGAGAUGGCCUCCAGGAACCAGACUCUUCAGAACAUCCGGGCUGCACGCCUGCUCCAGCAGCAGCAGCAGCAGCAGCAGCAGCAGCAGCAGCAGCAGCAGCAACAGCAGCAGCAGCAGCAGAAUCAGCAGCAGAUGGUUCAAAUGGGCUCUGUUCAGACCCAGGGGGGCUCGGUGGGACCCCAAUCCGACAUGAGCCUCACGUACAGCGGGCAGGGCUCCAACCAGGCCUCCCUGUACGGUCUGAACCCUUCCAUGAACCAAAUGGUCCACCAGCAGCAGCAGCAGCAGCAGCAGCAGCAGCAGCAGCAGCAGCAGCAGCACCAGAGCCAAAGCGUCCAGGCCCCGAUGGGACUCCCGCCCCAGCACAACCCAGCUGGAGGCCCGCCAAGGCAGGCUGGGGCCGGCCCCGGGGUCGGGGGCAUGCCCGGAGGAGCCGGAGGCGGCGGCGGCGGCGCGUACGGGGGCCAGGGGAUGUUGAUGAACUCCAUGUCCCAACAGGCCCUCAAAGGGCCCCCCAACGCAAAGGCCCAGGCGCAGAGACUGCAAAGCAUGCUGGGAGUCGGCGGCGGGGGCGGCGGGGCUGGGAUGGGGCCAGGAGGCUGGCCCCAGCAGCAGGGGCAGGGGCUCCAGGCCAUGUCGGGCAGGACUACAGGCGGGGGUGGCGGGGACAUGGUGGGCUUUGGAGCCCCCCAGGGCUAUGUGAUGCAACAGGGUCAACCCCCGCCGCGCAUGCCGAAGCAACACUUCCAGGGCCCGGGCCAGGGGAUGCCCCAGGGUAUGGACCCCAGAGUGGGCCACCCCGCGGCGGGUAUGGGGGGCCCCAUGAUGGGCCCACACAUGGGCGGUCAGCCCAGGACUAACCAGACCCGGCCCAUGGUCAUGAACCAGGGGGUGAUGGGGCAGGGCAUGGCCGGGAUGGGGGGCUUCGGGCCGGGCCCCGGGGGGCCGGGCAUCGUGGGCGGAGGCGGAGGAGGCGGGCCUUACGGACCAGGGGGCGUGGGGGUGGGGGGUCCGCCUCAGGGCUACCAGAGGACAGCCAAUCAAGACAUGUCACCCUACGGAUACGUGGGCGGGCCCCCAGGGGGAGGAGCCUUCGGACUAGGGGACGGCUCAGGGGCGGAGCUUGACUCGAGUGACGGUUGGAUGGAGGAGUUCUUCCCCAACCAAUAGCCAACGGACUACGGGCUGCAUAUUUUCUACAGUACGGACUGAGAACACGACACAGACUUUUGGCUGGCAUGUAUAUUUUUGGGUUUGUUGUAGCGUGAAUGCGUUUAUGUGUGUGUCUGUGUGUGUAUGUGUGUGUGCGUGCGUGUGUGAGCAACACGGGUGUUUGUUUUGAGACCAAGCUGUAGAGACACAGAAUAGUAUUAGUGAAAAUCCAUCAUCCAUCCAUCCAUCCAGAUUCAUGUAUCCACCAACUCUCCAACCUCCUUGCAGUCGAGUGUAAUGAUGCCAUUCAUGUGUUACAAAGUUUGCAGCAUCAACAGCCCCCCCGCACCCUCAAAGGCCUCUGGAUCAAACAAGGGUUAAAAGGACAUGAAUAAUGAAGGGGAAGACGGACUGUUUCCGUGUGUCUUUGUGUGUGUGUGUGUGUGUGUCUGCGUGUAUGCGCCGUGUGUGUGUGUGUGUGUGUGUGUGUGUGUGUGUUUCCAUCUCCUCUCUGCAGCCCCACCCAGUGCUAGUCUUCAGACGUUUCAGUCCACCAUGUGAACGCCAGAGGAGAACAAUGGAGCAAUGAGAGAGAGAGAGAGAGAGAGAGAGAGAGGGAGGGAAAGGGAGCUAAGUGGAGGCGCUUUCUCUCCCCUCAUCCUCCUCCCAUC